UUUUAGGUUGAAGUCAGUUGGUCGUGGUCACAAUUGAAAAGGCAAGUAAGCCACAUGUGUACCAGUCUGACGCGCAUUUUAGGUGGUUUACAUACGUGCAAAAUUUACUCUCAAUUUCCAACCAUUUCAAGUGACAAUCUGUUUGGGUCCUUGGCAUUUUUAGGAAAACUCGUCUAGUGCAAAGUCUGUAGAAGAUUUGAUCAAUUUAAAGAUGGGAUCUUGACAUUUAUUAAAAUGUGCAUGGCGGUGAUUCAAGUGACUUGAGAUAACAGCUAAUCUUUCGAUAAUACGACCGUGACAAAAAUGGUGUGCAAUCCGUUUUGCUGCACUUCCAUUCGGACGGGUGCCAAGAGGAUUGCCAUUAUCGAUAUUGUACUAUUUUUCAUCACUUUGGCCGUGUCGGUAGGAUUAGAGUGGAGUUUAUUCAAUUCUAUUCCUAUGAGACUCGUUUUGUUUGAUGAUGGUGUCACCUCCGCAGAAACUUAUGAAGAGACCUCAAUUAUGGACGACAAGGAGAAACACAUGGUCGGAAAAGCCGUUUGGAUUCAUGUCUCACAUGCAAUCAAGAGUUUGAGCGAGUACAACCACACGAUGGGGUACUCGCUAUACAUGGGGCUGCUGAUCUUUAUGAUGGGGUACUUUAUUCUUGAGGUUUGGCUGUGCUGUAUUUUGAUCCGAGCUGCGUCUGAGAGACGUCCCGAAUUUUGUAGGAAGUGGAUUAUCUUGAGAACAAUACUCCUCAUCAUUACACUAGCCUUUACUGGAAUUAAUCUAGCGCAGAUGCAAUACACAGUGACCGAUAUUGUAGCAGUGCCUCUAAAUCUUCUUAGAAUAUAUUCAAUUUUUGUGGUAAUUCAGCUCAGGAAAAAACUUCGGCAGAUGGACCCUAAGCUAAUGUUUUAGUAUUAGUUAUGGUGGUGCCUAAAAAUAAGAGGGGGUCGUAUAAUCUAAUAAAUUGUAAAUAAAUACGUAAAUUAUAUAGAUGCGAUAAUAUUUUCAAGUCAAGUUUAAAGUUGUGACCAAUAAGGCGUAGAUGUCGGACUUUAGUUAAUUUUACCAAAUAAAUUACUGAGGGUACAACGGUUGA